AUGAUCUCCCUCUAUGCCUUCAAAUACACGCCCAAAUCACGUUCAAAUGAAGGGACUGCUCUCUGGGAAAGUGGCCUUGGUCACUGGUUCUUCGUCGGGAAGCUAGCAGGCCUUGGUGUCAAGAUUGUUUCCGUUGAUCUUCGUGACUCGCCCAACUCCAGAGGUUAUGAGGUAGACAUCGACAAAAUGACAAGCCAGGUGAUCUCUGCGGCAGGAGGAGAAGCCAUCUUCUUGGCAGCGGACAUCACGGACACCGAAGCUGUUCGAAAGUUAUUCAACAAAAUAAAAAACGAUUUCGGUCGCCUCGAUAUUCUCAUAAACUGCGCGGGAUACUGGGCUCCUUUCGACCUAUUCGCAGACGAGUCGGAAGAACUUUGGUCGAAGAUGACAGCUGUAAACACGCUUGGUACAGCCAGAAUGUGUCGCCUCGCAAUCUCUCAUUUCCUCGAGCAAGACGUCGACCCGUCGUGGGGCAGCCGCGGACGCAUUGUCAACAUCUCAUCUUGUGCAGGCGUCGUUGGGUUCCCCUGGAGAAGUGGCGUAUUCAGCGACCAAGGCUUCGAUCAAUCACAUGACCCGGGCAGCAGCGCUGGACCACGCCAAAGAUUAUAUCAACAUUAA